GAUAAGAAAGCGGAAUAGAAGAUUUUUAUAAAAUGGUGGUUUUAAAGUAUAGAAAUUAUAUGAUACUGUUAUUGCUUGUAACACAUACAAUCGCAUCAGGGAAAGAAAAACGUUUGCUUCUCCAUUCCGAAGCUGAUAUGGCUACAGAGCUGAUUCGACUCCGGAGUGAGUUAGCCAACGUCACUCAACAACUCGGUGCUGUUGUUUCCAAAUACGCCAAUGUUAGUCAACAACUUGAUAAUGCUCUUGCCGAUAUUAAGUAUUUGAAAUCGACACAGCCAAUCAUCGAUUUGCAUCAAGGGUCUGUAUAUAUCCGAUGGGGAAAGAAAAGCUGUCCAAACACCACAGAGAUGGUUUAUCACGGAUAUACUGCUGGAAAACAUUACAAACACAAAGGAAGUGGAGCAAAUAAUAUUUGUUUGCCUUCUGAUCCGACAUGGUUAAACUAUGUAGACGGGAUACAGAAUUUGAGGGCUUCAGUAUAUGGUACAGAGACUGACAUACCAUCUAGUCCUUUUUUCAAAUAUGCUAUUAAUCAACAGGACAUGCCCUGUGCUGUAUGCAGAUCUGAUAAGUCUACGACUCUGAUGAUACCAGCCCGUAAAAACUGCUACCCAGGGUGGACUUUAGAAUAUAACGGUUACCUUGUAGGUGCUUCAACAACCCUGUAUUUCGCAUAUGAAUAUGUCUGUUUAGAUAAAGAACCAGACUUUCUCGAUCAUGGUGCAAGUAAUGACGAUCAACAUGUUUUCCAUCUGGUUGAAGGUCACUGCGGCUCACUUCCUUGUCCACCGUAUGUCAACGGACGUGAAUUAGCUUGUGUCGUAUGCUCUAAAUAGAUUGUAAGAUCUGCUUCAUACAAUAAAUGUAUAACAAG